CACAUGGUUAUUUUUUAAAUUUUAAUGCAACUUAUAAACCCAAUACCUAUUAUCGGUAAGAAGCUUAUUGCUUAUAUAAUUCAUUCGAAGCCAUUUGUUCAAAAAAGAAUCUGCCACAAAUCUGAAGAAUUAUAUAAGAUUGUAACCACACAGAUUGAUUAUAAUUCCUUUUUUAAUGAACUGAAGCUCUCAAAUACCUUUUAUUCCUGGUAUACUGUUACAGGAUUGCAUCUAUGGAUGCUCUUUGUCAGACUCAAAAAUGCCUCCCCAAUUUCUCCAUUGCCUGGCACUCAAACCCCUUUCAAAGAGCCUAAUGUAAUUAUGGACAAUGGCAAAAGCAUCUCAGACUUAAGUGAUAACAAUUGCAAACUUAUGAAAAAAGUUUUAACCAUGUCCCUUUAUCAUGAUUUGACUGACAAACUCAAGAGGAUGAAAUUUGUGGGAAAGGAUAAGAAGUAUGCCCUAAGAGACAUUUGGGGUCAUUUCCAAUUUUGUCACUUUGAUUAUGAUUCCGGAUUGGUGGGAUCGGAUAAAGAUCUAGCUGCCAGCUUAUUCAGGACAUUUUUUUCUCAGAGUUCGGAUGAUCUCAGUCAGCCCCUAGUGGGUCAAGAAUCUAGGAUAGAAGUGGCCACGUCGUUAAACCCGAGUUUUCGAGACCUAAAUUUACAAGACCCCACCAAGAGAAUGGUCAUCUUGAUAGAUUAUGUCCGUCGAAGCAUCCAGUAUUUAGACUCCCUCCAACGACGCGAUCUUUUGGAAGGAAACAUAAUUUUACCCACCCUCAAGCCAAAAUAGAAAUAGUCCGUAAAAGAUACUUACUUUAUAUAUUAUCUAAAAAUUUGUUUUUUUUUUGUUUACGGUAAAUAAUAACUCGUUGUAAAUAUUAUAGUUUGCUUGUAUAUUUAUUUAU